CUUCCUUCUUCAGUCCAAGUGCGGGAGCCUGAGUGACCAUGGAGUGUGUCUGCUGUCAUGUAGUUCAGCGUUAAUACGGCGUGAAAAGCUGUCGCGGGGGACUUUUUCGGUGGACACGAGGAGUCUCGGAGGAGCCAUGGCUGCCAGGGAGGAAGGAGAGGUCCUGCACGGCAAAACAAGGCACCACGACGGAGCUGGAAGUGUAAACAGCUCCGAGGGCUUCAGGAACGGUUAUGUGAAGAGCUGCGUCACCCCCCUGAAACAGGACCAUCAGAGGGGCUUUUUGUUCAACCUGUGCAGCUUCUGCAACCAAGACAUCCUCAAUUCCAAACUGUUCAAGGUCUCUGCCUUGUACGUGUGCGCCUUUCUAGUUUUCGCGGUCUCUUUCCUCAUUUCCAGGAGCUUGCAAAGUGACUCGCAGUGGGAUUUGCGGACUUUGUUGUCGGGCUUCUCCCAGUCCAUCAGCCCCCUGUUCAGCAUAGGAUGUGCUUUCUUCUUUCUGACCUUUUACCUCCGGAGGAAGAAGAAGGAGAGCGGCAAAUGCUGGCUGCUGUCACUGCCAGCGUCGUGUUACCUCGGGGAUUUUUUGGUGUUGCGGUUUCUGCAAUGGGGAGAGGAGCAGCAGCAGAUGCAAAUGGUGGGCAGGUUGUUAUUCGUGCUGGGCUGCGUGGGUCUGCUCACCCUGGUGCCCACUCUCAAACUCAAACACAGCGUCCUCAUCCUGCUCUUCGCCAGCCUGGUGUGGCUGGUCUCUUUCACAAGUUUGAGCGGACUACCAGCGCUGCUCCGGCCGCUGCUCGCCUGCUCCGCUGGGCUGUCGGGCGCCUUGCUGGGGCUCUGCUUCGACCGCUGCUACCCGACGAGGGAAGCGCCUGGAGUCAUCGCGAACGCGGAGGAAAAGGUCCCAGUGAUCCGACCCAGGAGACGCUCUAGUUGUGUCUCUCUUGGGGAAACGUCGACCAGUUAUUACGGCAGUUGCAAAAUGCCUCGCAGACCUUCACUGCCGUGUAUUUCUAGAGAACAGAUGAUCCUGUGGGACUGGGAUCUGAAGCACUGGUACAAACCUCAGUAUCAGGGAGCAUCGAGUGGCAACGGUGUGGACCUCUCUGUGAUCAACGAGGCCAGAAACCUGGUGUCUGAACUCCUGAUGGACUCCUCCCUGUCCCCACAAACCAUCUCAUCCCUGCGCAGUGUUUCCAGCCUGAUGGGAACAUUCUCAGGCUCGUGUCGGCCCAGAGUUAACCCCUUCACCCCCUUCCCAGGAUUCUAUCCCUGUGACGAGGUGGAAGACUCUGUGGAGCGGAACGACCGGAAAACUCUGAAGGGACUAAGCAGCAGAAACAGUCUGCCCACCCCUCAGCCCAGGCGGAGCUCAACAUCAUCAUCUGUUCUGCCUUCUCUUGACUUCCCCACUUCCCGGUGGGAACGCAACAAUGGCAAAAGAGCCCUUCCUGACCAUAACCUGACCAGCUCAGCUCUGUCCAAUGGGCCAAAUCCGAACCUGCUCACCAUUCCGAAGCAGAGGUCCUCCUCGGUCACUCUCACAUACCAUGCAGGGUCGAGAAGAGCAGGUGCUUCUCCGGCCCUGAGUCCCCUCACGUCGCCGAGCCACAGCCCUCCAGCGGUCUCCUCCCUCAUCAACAGAUCCCCUGUGGAAUUUCCAGACACGGCCGACUUCCUGACCAAACCCAGCGUCAGUCUGAACCUGCACAAACCUUUAAGCUACGCUCUCAGCUCGCCCGAUUUCCAGCAGGCCUUUCGAGGCAACACAUUCCCUCUUUGCACCAGCUGUGGUCGACAGAUGCUGAAGGGUGGUCUGGGCAGUGAAUCAGGGGAAAGCCACCAAUCAUCCAACAGCGAACCUCAGCGAAGGCGCUCAGGAGGUGAGGGGUCCGACUUCGCAGGAGAGUCUCUCAUCAGGGAAGAAAGCGUUGAGGCUGACUUGUCUUCAGAAUCAGACGCAGCAGGGAACCAGAGCCAAACGGAGGAGGAGAAAAGCCCAAGCACACACCAGCAGACUCAGGAAUCCGAGGAUGAUGAGGAGUUCAGACUUGAUCCCAUGCUGGAGGACCAUGACGCCCUCAUGGAAAGGAUGAACACCUGGAAUUUCCAGAUCUUCGACCUGGUGGACAGAACCGGGGGAAAGAGCGGAAGAAUUCUCAGCUAUGUGACUUACACCCUUUUCCAGGAUACGUGUCUGUUUGAAAUUUUCAAGAUCCCUGUGCGGGAGUUCAUGUCAUACUUCUGUGCUCUGGAAAAUGGCUACAGGGACAUUCCCUAUCACAAUCGUGUACAUGCUACUGAUGUGCUGCACGCUGUCUGGUACCUGACCACUCGGCCCAUCCCGGGGUUUCAGCAGAUCCACAACGAGCAUGUGACCGGAAGCGACACAGAUUCUGACAGCGGGAUUUCUCCAGGCCGGAUAUCGUACGCAUCCUCCAAAAGCUCUUCAUUUUCGGACGACAGCUACGGCUGUCUGGCCUGGAACAUUCCUGCACUGGAGCUGAUGGCCCUUUAUGUAGCAGCAGCCAUGCACGACUACGACCACCCGGGUCGAACAAAUGCCUUUCUAGUAGCCACUAACGCACCUCAGGCGGUGUUAUACAACGACCGUUCGGUGCUGGAGAACCACCACGCCGCGUCCGCCUGGAACCUCUACCUCUCCAGGCCUGAGUUCAACUUCCUCUGCAACCUGGAUCACGUGGAGUUCAAGCGAUUCCGCUUCCUGGUCAUUGAGGCGAUUCUGGCGACGGACCUCAAAAAGCACUUCGAUUUCCUGGCUGAGUUUAACGCCAAGGUUAAUGAUGUAAACAGUCCAGGGAUCGACUGGACCAACGAAAAUGACAGACUGCUGGUGUGUCAAGUUUGCAUCAAGCUAGCGGACAUCAAUGGACCUGCCAAAGUCCGUGACCUGCAUCUGAAGUGGACGGAAGGGAUCGUCAAUGAGUUUUAUGAGCAGGGCGAUGAAGAAUCUCGUCUGGGAUUACCCAUCAGCCCCUUCAUGGACCGGUCCUCCCCGCAGCUGGCCAAACUGCAGGAGUCCUUCAUCACACACAUUGUUGGGCCGCUGUGUAAUUCCUACGACGCUGCAGGUUUACUCCCCGGCCACUGGAUCAAUGAACACGAGGUGGAUGAAGAAGAAGAAGGGCAGGGGGACACCGACUCCGAUGAGGAUGACGAAGAUGACGACGACGAGGAACUAGAGGAGGAGCUUACGCCAAAAACAAGAAAGAGUGGGCGUCGGCUGUUCUGCAGCAUCAUGCAGCACCUGACGGAGAACCACAAAAUUUGGAAGAAGACCAUUGAGGAAGAGGAGAAGAGCAAAGACGCGGGUAAACAGCAGCAGUCCGACAGUCUGCCCAGCAGCCUGCCGACCUCCCCGUCCGAUGACAUCCAGGUCAUCCAGGAGGAGGAAGAGGGAGAAGAGCGUCAGUAGCAGGAGGGACCAAAGGAGCGGUAAUGGGUGGAGGAGACCAAGAGAGACAGUCUUCUGACACUUGUUCCUCAACAACCUGCCUUUUCACACACAUGCAUAUAUGCUGUCUUUCUCGCUCAGAUAUAGAACAAGUCACUGUGCAGACACUCAGAUCUUUUCAUUGUUUUUGGAGAAACAAAAAAGGCCUUACUACUGUGAGUGGAUCUCUGCGGCGACAGUGGGAGCCCUACUCCUCCUAUGCACUUUCACACCACGGGAAGUCCAGUGCAGCCAAAUAAGCGACCACCUGGCUGUGAGCUGCCUCCAAUGCUCAAACCUCCAUUAGGUACAAAUCGAUCUAUUUAAGAAUGAAAAGUUAGAGGAAUAAUAAUGAAGCAAGUGACAGUAUGAAGUGAUUGACACUCAUAACCAAAGUGAACAAUACAGACGUGGAUGAAUGAGACUUUUUAGAAUCAUAUAUAUAUAUAUAUAUGUAUCUAUAUCUAUACAUGUAUAUAUAGAUAUAUAUAUAUAUAGAAGAAAACGUGCCUGUCUGAAGUCCACGUUGACCUGGAGUUGGGGCUUGUGUACUUUCCUCUCUUUGCUGGCGACACGAAACACUGUAUCAGACUCAGUCACAGAGACAUUAUUGAAAUGUUGACUGAUCAAUAGCAUUAUAUCUGCAUUAUUUUGGAUGCUAUUAUUCAUGUGUACCACCUGUUUUUUCCCCCUUUACCUCUUUGUACUUUGUUGUGUUUGAGUGUGUGAAUUUAUUUUGGGGGUGAAUGCGAGGAUGGCAGAGAGCACAUUUUCAGAUAUUUCAGUCAGUCACUCGUGUUUGGUGUGUCUCGUCCAUCUGAGUUUCUCAUCUGUCACAAGUCCUCUGAUGUUUGAACAUGCCGCUUUCAUAUCAGGAGAGCUUUGUAAAACAAACAAGACGAUUAAUGAAAUUCUUUGCUUUGGUUUUUUGGAGUCCAAGUAUUUUUUUAAAGGUUACUCAGGAUUCACACAGAGUUUGAAGAGUUAGUUUGAGAUCAUUUAAUGCAAUAGUAUGAAAUCCACUUUCACUAUCAGACAUCUGGACGGCUUCAGGCAGCAGGCUCUGGCGCCUGUUUUUAAUACAUCACCAGUGAACAGGAUCUUGGAUGUUGACACUGAUGAAAUGAUUCUUAUUUAUUUGACGCGGACUUGAUCCCAGUAACUGGUACUUAGCCAUCAUCACAUAUCUCCUUUUAAAUCUGAGGUUCACUUCAUGAGCGGAAAUGUAAUUUCUGCGCCUGAAACGAUCUGCACACACAGGUGGGGGAAUCGGGGCGACAAGAGAAGGAAAGGGUUCCUCUUGACUGCUCGUGACAGUCGAACAAAACAACUCUACUCCCCAUCGCUGGCACCAAAUUCUGAAUAAACACAAGGCAUUCCAUGUGGCGUGGCUUAAACUCUGUAAUCUGUAUUUAUUCAAGGCAUAUAGUAACCGACAAUUGCAUCCCUGCCUUCAUUUGUAUGACUGGUGAAGGAAGGCAACUGUUACAAAAAAGAAGCUUGAGGUUUCGUCUGAUUUUACAUUUUCAUAGUCAUUGAUACUCCGACACGACUCUUGCCUCUCUGCGAGGAUGUUCAGGGUCUGAAUCCAGCUCUGGACCUUUCUAGAGAAAGUGAAUUCUGCAACAUAUUGAGUGGGAUUUUAGUUUCCUCCCACGGUCCAAAGACAUAUUGAAGUGGACUCGUGCUGUAGUUCAGUCUGUGAUGGACUGUUGACUUGUUCAGGGGCUCGCCCUCCUCGUGCCCUAUCAAAGGGGCCAGUGAGGAGACUUGAGUUUUCAUUCUAAUGUUUCCCUUUCCAGAAUGCAUCAGACCCUUCUACCCCACUCGCCUGAACCUCAUACUUAGUGCUAAAAAAUUCUGAAUUCUAGGAAGCAAAGUUUGCAAGUUUCCCUCUUCAAAAUUGGGCACCAGUCUGAACAGAAACAAGCUCCAGUUAUGAAGUAUUUUCAUCUGUCCGAUAAUCGGCCAGCGCUAGCAUUUCCUUUCUAAUAAUAGAUCAUAGAAGCAACAGAUACAUGUUAUUGUCACGAAAACUCUUGGCAUUCCACAGAAAUGAACAAAACAGUGUUUUUGUAGAGCUUCUAAAUGGCCUUAAUAAGUGGGUAAAGUCACAACCUUCAGUCAAAAAUACAGGUGUGCUCAUUUUAAUACCAAACAAGUGUUCAGCCGCUGUACAAAAGAGUAUGUGCAUAAAGUAUAUAUCUAUAUUUUUUGAGAUAAUCAAAUGAACGCCUCUGUUUUCUACACACAGCUGACAUGUUGUACGUUGAGAUCCUGUCAUAACCCAUGUGUUUUCAGGCUGUGAAACCGUUUGAAAUUGAUAUACUUUGAUUUGCUUUCUGCUGUUGUCCCUCUUUCUGUUUCAUAACCACUCUUGUGUUUCUCCACACUCACUGCUGUCUUAGUCAAACCUAUAUAGUGCCAAACGUCCCCCGCAUGCAGUAGUAGUUAGACGUCACCUGAAGGAUGGAGAUCUCCGCAGGUCUACUAGGUUGGUGUCUCGAAAUCUUAAACCUCACGUUUUUUUCACACGAUCCUUUGGAUGAUACAGCAUCUGCAGUCCAAGUGUUCAGACCACGGUUUCCUCCUCCGACUGCUCCACAAAUGCAACUAUGGAUGAUUGUUACUUUUAUGUAGCAUCUGCAUACACGUUUGUUUAAUGUAAAAACAUGUUUUUCUCUACAUGGUUGGGACAACUGAUUUUUUUGUUGUUAUUUAUCGCUGUCAUAAAACACCAUCCUGAAAGAACCCGCUGUGUGUUUUCUGUGUUAAAAGCAAGUGGUUUUAGUUUUUGACUUGAAUUACUUCCUGCUAAAAUUGUUUUUUUGUUACAUUCCGUUCAUAAUUUUAGACUUGAUUCUCACUGGAAAACACUGAAGCGGCCAAAAUGCGGACGGAGAACAGCAGUUGGAGAACUGGGUGGAGUGUCCU